AUGGCAACUCCAACUCCAACCUUCCGCCUAACCACUCCGCCUCCUGGACGCACCUUUGCGAACCAGCAUACCUUGCCGAAGCUCCCAGUUCCAUCUCUCGAUGACACUUGCAAACGCUACUUGACUGCUCUUCGAGGUCUCCAGGAUGACAAGGAACAUGCUGCCACUCAGCAUGCUGUUCGAACUUUCUUAGAUAGCGAAGGUCCCGCUCUACAGAGGAGAUUGAAUGAGUGGGCUCAAGAGAAAGCAAGCUAUAUCGAGGACUUCUGGUAUGAAAGCUACCUCUCGCACAGCGAUCCUGUAGUACUUGCUCUCAACCCUUUUUUCGUCCUCGAGAAUGAUCCUAGCCCGGAUCGAGGCUCUCAGCUACCCCGCGCUACGGCUCUUAUCAUAUCUUCAUUAGGCUUUGUUCAUGAUCUCCGCCAAGGUCUACUUGAACCCGAUGCCGUACGUGGUCAUGCACUAGAUAUGGAUCAAUACAGUAGAUUGUUCGGGAAUGCUCGUAUACCAACAGAGGGUAACCGACCACUGUUAACCGAGCGUGAGGUUCUUCGCAACCUCCAAGCCAUCUGCAAGGAUGCUGACAAGACUCCAAUAACUGAGGUUGCUCGUACGGCUAUUGGUGUUCUCACUACUGAGAAUCGGAAGACUUGGUCUUCCCUUCGACGCGAACUCGCGCAGGACAAGACUAAUGCAGCUUGCCUGCGCCUGAUUAACGAUGCCUUGUUCGUAGUCUGCUUGGAUGAUGCAGCUCCAGAAGACCUCGCUGCUCUAUGCAGUAAUUUCCUCUGCGGAACUUAUGACUUGCGGGAAGGUGUGCAGCUGCAAAUCAUCGUGUGUGCAGAUGGUGCCGCCGGCAUCAACUUUGAACAUACCGGCGUUGACGGCCACACAGUUUUGAGGUUUGCCGCAGAUGUCUUUACUGAAGGCCUAAUGCUGCUUGCGCGUUCAAUCAACCCAUCCGCACCUACUCUAUUCCACGCAUCCCUUUCGCCUCACGCUGAAUCCUACAGGCCUCCGAAGUCAAUAGCCAACGGAAAAUUGCCAAUAUCCUCUCAAAUCUUCUCAUAUGAUACCUCACCAUCUAAACUUAUGUGGACUCUAACCCCUUCAAUUCGAGUUGGCAUUCGGUAUGCUGAGACACGCCUGAGUGACCUUAUAUGUCAGAAUGAUUGUCAGGCGCUCGAGUUCAAGGGUUAUGGAAAGAAUUUUAUCACGAGUCAUGGUUUCAGCCCCGAUGCGUUUGUGCAGAUGGCUUUCCAGGCGGCAUACUUCGGACUUUAUGGCAGAACGGAGUGUACUUAUGAACCUGCGAUGACGAAGGCCUUCCUUCACGGGAGGACUGAAGCGAUCCGGACAGUGCAACCAGAGAGCGUCGACUUCACGAAAUGUUUGCUUAAUGAUAAGAUCCGUAAAUUGCGCAAGGCGUGUGAGCGACAUGUACAACUUACGAAGGAGGGCAGCCAGGGCUUGGGCCAAGACCGACACUUGUAUACCUUAUACUGCUUGCAUCAGCGCCAGGUGACGGGGAACCUUGAUCCCUCUCCUGAUGACCCGAUCCCGAACAGAAAUAUUCAGAAGAAUGUCCUCCCAUCAAUAUUCGCUGACCCGGGCUGGAAUCUAUUGAGUACGUCUAUCUUGUCCACUUCAAACUGUGGAAAUCCUGCAUUGCGCCUGUUUGGAUUUGGGCCCGUUGCGGCUGAUGGGUAUGGUAUUGGGUAUAUCAUUAAAGAGAACGGGAUUAGCGUUGUCGCUUCAUCAAAGCAUCUACAGACGCGCCAAUUUCUAAACACCCUUCGGGGAUAUCUGUUAGAAGUCCAGAGGAUCUUAAUUCAGCUCCACCGCUUCGCAAAUGAACGCCCUGCACCAUUUGUUGAUCACGCUGGUAUCCUCCGUGACUCUAAGACUGGUCGGCCAAUCAACGGCCACGGUUACGGGUCAGACGAAUCGGGGAGUGACUACGAGGACAUAAUCCAAGCAGCGUACUACUGUCUCCUAUUGGCAUAUUUCCACUCUCUCGACCUUGAUUACCACCCACUCUCUCUGAUAUACGUCGAAGCCACCAUGUCCGCCGCCCACACUCUCCCUGAUCUUCCAUACGCCUAUGAUGGUCUCGAGCCUUUCAUCUCGAGGCAGAUCAUGGAGCUUCACCACAAGAAGCACCACCAAACCUAUGUGAACGCUCUCAAUGCUGCCGAGGCUAGCUACGCAAAAAGCUCCACCCCCAAGGAGCGCAUCGCCCUCCAGGCAGCACUCAAGUUCAACGGUGGUGGUAAGUCUUUAUAG